UUUCAUAUUCUCAUAAAAAAACUUCAGUCCAGUUUUUCAUGCAAGCAUUUAUAUGAUGAAUAUACAAAAAAUCCACUCCAUAAAUGUUUUUUUUCUUCAUUUUGUAAUUCUACUUUGAAAAAUUCAACUACACUAUCAGAUUUAUGAUAAAAAUUAGGUCAAACAUCUGUUCCGUAACGCAUAUAAGAGGGUAAGCGAAAAAAGUAAGGUUAACAUAAUUCCACACGUUCGAAAUAGAAAGAGAAAAACUGAAUUAAGAAAUUUCGAAAUCGGUAGCUCCCGAAAUUGAGUAUUGAGCAGAUGCAAGUACGCGAAAGUGUUUUUAACACGAACGAAUGAAUUGAAUACAGAAUCUGAUAACACAGAGGCCCAAUUUUAAUUUUUUCCCCCAUUUACACACAAAUCAAUCUUUGCCGCGGUGGUAAGAAAACAAUUAGUAGCAGAGGAGAAAAAUGAUUUCGUCUGGCUGCUGUAUUCAAGCGGUUCAUUUACUCAUGUCACCACCUCAUCAUUAUUCGUAAUCGAUUGGUUAGAUUGUGAUUGUUGCUAAUUAAACGUUCUGUCAGUGUCAAAAUUGAACAUAUCUUGUUACUGAUUUGUUUAGAAUUAUUGUGUGAUAAAAAAUCAUUGAAGAUGAUACUCCCGUUGGAUUACAUAUCGAACAGCAUUGUUUUUAUGCUUCUAAAUUUCACUAUUGCCAUGUACACAUUCCGACGAAUAGAAGGUGACAUUGGAAAAGAGCUCUACGUAACCCACAAUUUAACAAAAAUCAGUUCGAAAAUGGCCAUGAUUUUGCGACGUUUCAAUGCAUUGGAAGAAGGUGUCAUCGAGCUGGUUCGCAUGGAGCACAACACGGAGAGCAUAAAAAUCGAGACGCCGAGUGACAUAAACACCGAGGUGAAGAAGAUUCUCGUGGCAGCAAGAAAGAAAGAGCGAAUUAAUACGGGCGAGCGUCCAAAAACGCCGAAAAAAAUAAAAAUAUCAACGUCAACGUACCACGCUGUGAACGAGUCUCAAGUGCAAAAUCCUUUGACGAAGUUUUCUGCCAUCCAACCAUCGAGCCGUGGUAAAAUCGAUUUUUUGGAAAUCUCUAAUUCCACGAUGUCCAAGGGUGAGAAUCGAAGCUCACUGGAAAAGCCGCUCGUGAAAUUAUUGACUGAAAAAAAAAUGGAAAACCUUUCGCAGCCCAUUGGCUUUCGGCCGUCUUGGAAAUGCGAAUCGUAAAAGUGAUGAGAUUUUUUCAUAUUUCCAUGUCCUCAUACACCCACAUUUUUCCUUAACUCAUUCAGUUAAAGGGAAUCGAAGUAUGUAAAGAACUAAUCGAAAUACUCGCUGCGCUAUGCCAUUGUUCAAGUUCGUUUUAUUAUUAACAUCUUCAUAAUACAUCAUAUAAUUCAUAAAAUACGUACAAAUUAAUGCAUCGCCAACAUCGAUAAUCAAAGUUCAGGUUCCUUCUCCACUGGGAUCGUCUUCCCUCGUUCGAGAGCUCACAAUUCAACAAUAAUGCGUCACAAUAAUUAAUAACUUCAAUUUUGUACGUAGAUUUAUUAA